AUGAAAAAAUUAAACCGUCACAUUUUACUUAUCCUUGAUGGUGCUCCCUCACAUGUUACUAGUGCCUUCACCUUGACUAAUGUAAAAGUACUCACGUUACCUCCAUAUACAACAUCCAAAAUACAACCAAUGGAUGCUGGUAUUAUUGCAUCGUUCAAACUUUAUUAUCGUCAUAUCCAACUUCAACAGGCAAUUGACCGUGAUGAAGCUGGGGAAAAAGAUAUCUAUAAAAUAGAUCAAUUGCAGGCUAUGAAAUGGAUUAAGAUCGCUUGGAGUGAAGUAUCAGCUGAAACGAUCAGAAGAUGUUGGUUCUGUACAAAAAUUGUAUCCCCCCGUGAUGAAAAUGGAAUACCUGUCAUCCCUUCCAUUGCUGUUGAAAGCAUUAAUAAUGUAGAAGAAAGCCUACCUCUUGAUUCGAAUGAUCAACAAGCAGCUAAAGAACUCCAACAGCAAAUAGAUCUAUUGAAUCUCCAUAAUCCAAUGCCAAUUGAGGACUUGCUAAACCUUGAUGAGGAACUAGAAGUUCACCACCUGUUUACUGAUGAAGAUCUGAUUCAGACAGCUACGGAAAUAGAACAGGUAGAAGAUGAAUUUGUUGUGCUGCCCCUAACCGGAGAAGAGCAAUUGAUUAUUUUACGUAGUGCCCUAAGGAUUGUUGAUGAGAGAAUCGAUGAUGGUGGAGUAACAAUGAAGACAUUACGCAAGCUACAAACCUGUAUCCGUGAGGAGAUUCGAAAAGAGAAAGUCAGAAAGCAAGUCCAACAAAAACUAGAACAAUAUUUCCAAGCUUGA